AUGGCGUUCACGCUGUACUCGCUGCUGCAGGCCGCGCUGCUCUUCGUCAACGCCAUCGCCGUGCUGCAUGAGGAGCGCUUCCUCCGCAGGAGUGAGUCGGACAGGCCUCGGAAGGGGGGCGUGAGGGUGAGGGGGGUCCUGGCCUCAUCCUCAUCCUCAGUCUGAGGGGAGGAAGGCGGAGGGCCCGGGCCGAAGGCGGGGCUUCUUGGGGCCACGUGGCAUCCCUAAGACGUCGCCAUAAAGUUAAUCAUAAGGAUCAGCGCCGAGUCAUUCGUAGGGAGAGGCAGUGUGGGGUAGUGGUUAGAGCGCAGGGCUAGGACCCGGGAGGCACAAGAAGAGCCCGGUUGGAUCUGGGCAGUGAGCCCUCCUACCCAUCAUUCUGGCUUCAGAAUCAGUUUGACUCCCUCCCCCUCUUUCUCUUUCUUUUUCCUUUCUCCUCCUGUGAAGAGGCUGCAUCCUAAUGUUUUAAUGUUGUAUUUUAAUCAACUUGUUUUUAUUAUUGGUUGUUAGCCGCCCUGAGCCUGGUCUUGGCUGGGGAGGGCGGGGUAUAAAUAAAAAUUAUUAUUAUUAUUAUUAUUAUUAUUAUUCACGGGGUCCGGCCAAAUGCCCCAAAGACAGAGAAACCUGCGAAUAGGAUUAAUUUAACAUAUCAAUUCCAACAAUCAUUUAACAUAGCUUCUUAUCUUACACACUAUUUUAGACUUCCGUCAACAACCUCUGAAGAUUUUCCGUUCUUUAUCACUUAUUCUGCAUUUCUUAAUUUCUCUAUUACUUUUAAUUGUUCUUAACCACUAAUUCUUAUCAAAAUCUUCCUUGCAAUAUUUCACAAAGUCCUCCUUACAGAACUUCUUGCAGUCCUACUAGCAUAAUAUGUUGAUUACAAUUGUUUUUCAAAUAGUUCAAAUAUUUACUCCAGUCCUCUAAGAAUCUCUGAUCCCACAGGUUUCGAAUCCUUCCUGUUAAUUUAUAUAAUUCUGCAUAGUCCAUUAAUUUCAUUUGCCAUUCUUCUUUUGUCGGUAAUUCUUCUUGCGCGAAUAGGAUUAUUAUUACUAUUAUUAUAAUUCUCCUAGUGGGGCAGCAAUAAGAGAGAUUUCUAGUGCAUCUGUAAAGAUGAGCAGGGACUGGUAUCAUUUUCAAAGUGGAUCGAGGGAGGGUGCAUGUUGAGUUUCCUGCAUUGCAGGGGGUUGAACUAGAUGACCCUCGUGGAUUCCUUCCAGCUCUACGAUUCGUAGAAUUCAAAAGUUGGAAGGGAUCCCAAGGGUCAUAUCUUGCAACCUCCUACAAUGCAGGAAUCUCAGCUAAAGCAUCCAUGUGUGGGGAUUACAUGCAGGCGCUGUCUGGAGGAAUUUGUAAAUAAUACUUGUUCGAAUGUUGCCAGCCUGACAGGCUAUAUUCAUAUAUAUAUUCAACUAUUUGUGUAAGGCAUUUAUUUUCUUUUUUGUAUCACAAAUAGCAUAACAGAGUCAUUGGGGAGAGGGGAAUCUUCUCCCUUCCCUAUCCCAGUGUUUCCCAAACUUGGGUUGCCAGCUGAUUUUGGACUACAGCUCUCAUCAUUGCUAGUUAGCAGGCCCAGUGGUCAGGGGUGUUGGGAAUUGUAGUCCAAAAACAGCUGGAGACCCAGGUUUGGGAAACCCUGCUGUAUCCAGACUGUAUUAUGUUUGGCACCAGAGUGGCUGCAGGUGCAGCUGUCUGUGCUGUAGGAGCAGAUGUGGGUUGUCAGUAUUGCCCUGGGCGCAGCACAGUUGCCCUCAGUAAGCAACGUGAUAGUAGAGCUGCUACUAUAGUUCACCUUGCACUAUAGUUAUCAAGAAAUGGUUCUAGCCUCCCAGUCUCAAAGGUUAAUGUAAAAGUAAUGCAGAAAAGUAGUGGUAGUGAUAGAGUAUGAAAUGCCAUCUGUACCAAAUGAGCCAGUGUAGGCUGGAGCUUUUUUUUAGUUAAUGAUAAAGGUGGCUGAAGUGGAAUGAUACGGAACUUUUCACAUAAAGUUCAAUUACAACUUUUAUUACCCUCUGCUUACAAGAUCUUUUUGGCUAUUUCCCACCCCACCCUACAAUUGUUUGAAUUGCUUGUCAACUUACUCAUUCUAGUUUCAGAUCAUCUUCAUGUGGGUUUGUGGUUGCUCAGAUGAAAUCUAAUUGUGAGUGCUGGUUUAGAUCAGUGGUCCUUGUAAUCUCGUUAAUUGUGGCCGUGAAGCAGUAAGGAGAGGCAUUGGAACAAAAUUGGGCAAACUCUGAGCAAAUCAUUGUGGAGGCAGUACACAAAGCUGAAGUGAUUUGAAGGUUUUGCUUCAUAUAUUUUAGCUGGGAUCAUUGGUGGAAAUACUAGACAGUCAGUUUUCUGAAAUUCUGGUCUCUGCUGGUUUUGCUUCUCUCAUGAUGCAUUAAAUUUAUUUCAUUUAUUUAUUUAAAUGCCGCUUAACUACAAUAGUCUCUAAAGCGGUAUACAAGAAAUACAAUACAAAAAAGUAAAAAUCAAUGAAAGCUAUAAAAUCAAAUUGCAGUUAAAAUGCCUGCUAGAAUAUGUAUCCAGUUUGAAUUAUAAUUUCAAAUGGGCUUUCUGGCAUUGAGACAAAGGUUAGAAGCCUGCUAUUUAUCAAUAUUUGGGCUUAAAAUGCUUGCAUUUGUAAAAUACAUUUUUGGUUGAUAUGACUGAUAAUUUAGAUUAUGUAUUUGCGUGUUUACUUAACAAAAAUAAAAUUUCUGAAUUAUAGUUGGCUGGGGAACAGACCAGGGAAUUGGAGGAUUUGGAGAAGAGCCAGGAAUUAAAGGACAGUUAAUGAACCUCAUUCGAUCUGUACGAACAGUUAUGAGAGGUAAGGUGGACAAAAUAAUGCUAUUUUUAGCAAUAUGUUGUUGUGAGUUGAUUUGUUUUACUGUGUUCCGUACUGCAGUUACCUAGUAUUACUGUGGCUUUUACACACUGAUGGCUAAUGUAAAUUGCCCUGAGUUGCUGCAUCUGGGCAUCUUCCUGUUUGGUUCUACUGGUGCAACACCAAGACAAAUGAUGUUGCACUAACCAGGAUAAAGACCUUCGCAUUUAAUCCUGCCUAGUGGACUAAUAGAAACAGGCUGUUAACUUAUUCACUAGCCUUAUAAGUUAUAACCAUGUGAAACUAAUGUGGUGGCAACACCAAUGUCUCUCUACUCUGCUGCCUCUGUGUCCUGUCAAUCUUAUGAGCAUCAUUGCUUCUUUCUGAUCCUGCCUCCCCUAACCCAUUCACUCAGUGCUGUAGAUUCCCUGAAGCAUGUGAGACUCUCUGACCACAACACCCUGCCUUCACUGCCACACCUUUUUGAGCUGAAAUGGGAGUGCAGGGGCAUCCAAAAUUAAAGUGCUUUUUCCUUUAAGCAAAUUUGGCCUGAGAGAAUCUAGAUCUGGCCUGUGGCGCCAAAAAGGUUUCCACCCCUGCUUUAUAAAAUGCAUUGCUGAAAUUGUUUUGUACGCUUGCAUGCAGAAAAUGAUCUUGAAUGUCCUUGUUCUUGAAGUUUAUUCUCCGCCUAAUGCAAUAUUAUGUUUGUCGUUAGCUGAUAAACUGUAAUACCCUUUCUGCUUUUCUUUGCAGUGCCAUUAAUUGGAGUGAACACCGUUACAAUUGUGCUGCUCUUGUUGUUUGGUUGAAGUCGGUGUCUUCAAAUCAACCUGCCCAGUAUCUCUAACAUACAGACUGCAGACCAGUUUAUUCAUUAGGAUUCAAUUUGGCUUAGCUUUGGAAGCAACACAUCUGUUUCAAUAAAGACACAAUUUCUAUUUAUUGUAUUCCUUAAUAUUCAGCCCACUUCAUAACACCAGAGGAUUGGAAUCACUGCAAUCGUGCUGUACGUAUCCUGAACCAGAACUAGAUUUUUUCAUUUAAUAGUAUCAAAUGUUUACAGUACGCAUUGUAACAUAUUGUAGUAAGUACUUAAAGAUUCUGUUUCUUAACUCCUCUGUUGCUCAGGGCUUAUUUUUCCAACGGUGUACUUGAGAUGUGCUUGUGUUUUAAGUUGACCUUUCAUUCAGUUUGUGAAGAACUGAAUGAUGUAGACUUUGCAGACCACUAGGUCAAAUAUGGCCCAUGGACUAUAUGAAUGUCACAGAAAUGGAAAUAUUGUUACUGGCACAUAUUAGAGGUUUUUAAAUAGACUUUUGAUAGUUGAUCAGUAGUAUAUGAUUUAUAUCUUUACACAGCAGUGACAUUUUAAGCUUAACAGUUCGAAAUCUGGUGACAUGUUGCAACUGCUAUAUAGCCAAACUUAGAAGAAUAAGACCUAGAAAUGGAAACAUGUAAAACUUCAUUUGGCAAGUACAGUUUAUUAGUAUGUUUUACAGUGGAUCUUUAUCCUUUCCCAAGAUUUUCAUUGUAAAUAAUUGUGUAUACUGUGUGUAAUCUGUUUUGGUGAAAGAAUUUUUAAAUAUUGGGGAAAAGAAUCUUUUUUUUGAAAAAAUGUGGCUGUACUUCCUUUUUUUAGAAAGAGAAAUGUAAACAGAAAUCCUCUUCAGUGGGUGUUUAAAAUCUGUUCAAAGCAGAUAUUACUUAAAAUUCAGACCAUAGAAAUGUGCCCAGUAAAAUGCACUAUUUUCCUGAUUCAUAUAUUUAAGACUCUGAAUCAGGUUUUUGUUUGUCUUGGAAGAUAAUCCAAGAGAAAACGGGCCUGUGAUCAGAUCAUCACACACUGGAGGGUGGGAGGCAGGCAAGCAAGGGAAACUGGUGAGCAAAAUCAAAUAUUUUUUUCUUUUUAACAUCUGAAUGCUUCUAGCAAUCCUUUGCAUGUUUACACAAAAAUAACCCUGGUGACCUUAAAACCCAACUGACAAUUGGUAUUUACGCUAAUAGGGAAUCUGUCCAUUAAUUGUUACAGAUACAUUUCCUGAAUUCUGAGUGUUUUCCCAUUAGUCGCAAUAUGUAUGAUGGGAUUCCACCAGCUCUUGCCCAUUCGAAAGAUGCAGUGAAGGUUGUUGCCGAAGGAAGUAACUCUCCUGAAUUAGUACAGUGCAUAGGAAAAAAGGGAUUGGUUGGUCCUGGGGAAGUAGAACUACAUAUAUAGUUCAAUUGUCAAUGGUAGAUGCAUGCAAAUCAAUAACCUUAACAAUAUGGAAAAACAAAUUCUACCGCAUCUUAAGUUAGUUUCAGAACUGCAGAUUCUUUGAGGGCAUGAUCAAGCAAAAGUUAUGGCACAUUAAAAUCCAUUAUUUAAAUGGGUGGGUUAAAAUCAUAAAAAAAUCUGCCCCUGAAAUUAAAGGGACAUAACUGUUCAAUUUUGGCUGGAUCACAACCAUAAUGUCCCAUCCCCCCCCCCCCCAAUUUUAACUACAGUAUUUGAUUUGAUUUUUCCAUUAUUUUAAGCAUGGCAUAUAGGCUGUUGUCUUUCUCUUUUUGUGAUGUGAGCUGCUUUGGAACACCAUAGUAAGUCUGAAAAAUGAAAUUGAGUUGUGCAAUAUAAACGGCACAGCUUUCCACAUUGGGGAAAGUUGAAGGCAGAUGGCAGUCAGAAACAAUUCUCCCUUAUGGAAGAUGGCAGGACACGAGAAAGAGCUAUUUCUGCUGCUCAAGAAGCUGCACAAAUCAUCACAUUUCCUCUUAAAUUGAACUAUGUCAGCAAUCCUAAAGACCAGAUGUGGAUAACCUUUCCGUCAGGGGCUGCCCCUUGGGUAAUCUUUCAGGACUGAAAGUGGGUGGCUGGGGCUAAAAGUGGGUGGAGCUCUGAAACAAAGCUGGGAUUGGAGUCCUAGCCCAGCUUUACACACUUCGAAAUAGCCCAAUAACAGCUCAUAACUGCUCAAAUACAUGCCAAAAUAACAUUGUAAGACAAGACUGAUGGCAACCUUUCUACUGAUGAAUAGCAUGCCACGAAUAUAAAAACAAGAUGUGUAUCCCUAUUACUAAAAUAACCAAUAGUGAUAGUUGAGGUGUAUGGACUCAAUCCACACACUGAAUCUUGUGCACGCACCCUUCAUUAAAUAUUUAUCCAUAUUACAUCAGUAGGAGCUUCUUGGGGGGACCUGCCUCUUUUGCUAAAAAAAUUCUUGUUUUGAGUAUAGAUCCUGGACCGUGGUACUUUUUCAGAAAUAAAUAAAAAGUUUAGUUUGUGAGAAGCAAUCUCUGGCUUGCAAGUAUGCAGCUUUUGGAAAUACUGUUUGGAGGAGGAUGCAAGAAAGGGAGGAGGUAAACUUUGAAAGCCACUCACAUUUGCUCUCUGCAAUAAAGCUUUGGGCGCUGGCAUUUGCUCCACGCACCCACACAGUGCUGUGCUUUUAGCAGCUGAAUGUUAAACAGAAGUUCAACAGGUGAAGCUGAAUUCCCACAUCUCUUGUAUUGCCUAAGGUGAACUGCUCCUGGGUGUUAGGGUGAUCCAAUACAAGAGAGCACAAGCUUUAUGUACCCUUUAUACGUUUUGGCUAGUCUCUCUGCGAGUGUUAAAAGUGCAGCAUCCCACUUUCCCCUUCGGGAGAUUUGGAUUGCCACAAGGACGGGCAGAAGUUCAACAGGAACGCAUUUUCUGCUGAACUAGAAAGGUGGCUAUAGCCUUCAUUUGCUGCUUGGUCCUUUAUCUCCCGCCGCCCCGAUCCAGUGCAUUCUGACAUGCUGGAGUCUCCCAAGUUCAUUACAUUAAGCCAGUUUCUGCAGACUGGCUCUGUCCCAUCCGCUUGCAAGACACAGCAAAAAAGGCAAAAGGUGACUAUCGGAGUGCCUGUUUGCUAAUCUCAAAAUCUGACCGAAAUGUUAAAAGCGGGAGCGUCUACUGGGGAGACAUUAACUGUGUUUUUCAGGAAAGUAUGUUGGGGAGGUGCGGAACUGAAACGAAACAAAGGCCCGCAGGCGUUCGUUUUAGUCACCUGCCGGGUCCUUUCUGGGUCCUUACGCAGAGAGGUCUUCCGCUUUUCAAGCCCCGCCCCCCUCCACCUCUUGCGGCUGAGCCGCGUCGCUGUAGCGUCAGGUCAUUCGAACAGAGGAAGGGAGCUGUGAACCCCCCCUCCCCGUUUGCCGUCAUGGUACGGCCCAACUCCCGUGGCGACUAAGGGCGAGGGCGGUACCAACUGUGCAGCAAAAGGGGGAAGGCAGAAACUCACCCUCUCGGCUGGCAAUGGACCAGCCCGCGAUGCGGUCCUCAUAGCUGGAAGGACAGGUCCAUCUCAUGGGAGAGGGAGGGAGACGUUAAAACGUUGGUAAAUUCCCCUCUUCUCUCGCUGAUUUCCUCACCUUGAGACGUGGGUGUGAGGCAAGCCAGGUGAGGAGCGCUUUUUUCCUGGAGGUGGGGGUGAGUUAGUGGUGGACAAUAAUGCCCUAAAUCACCUUGAAUUAAAGUCUCUUGUGAGCCUAGAGCUGCCUUUGUGAGAGGAGGCUGCCUGCUGUACCUCUGGAAGAGUCGCUGUUCUGGCUUCUCCUUCCAAGCUGUGCUGGGAGUGGGGCAUUUUCUGCUUUUUCUCUGCAUGGGUGUGUAGGAUUGCCUCUGUCAGUCGCUAAGGUUGCCAAUGUCACACCAAUUUUCCUUAUUUGCAACAGAGUUGUUGUUGCUGUUGUUUAGUCGUUUAGUCAUGUCCGACUCUUCGUGACCCCCUGAACCAGAGCACGCCAGGCACUCCUGUCUUCCACUGCCUCCCGCAGUUUGGUCAAACUCAUGCUGGUAGCUUCGAGAAGACUGUCCAACCAUCUCGUCCUCUGUCGUCCCCUUCUCCUUGUGCCCUCCAUCUUUCCCAACAUCAGGGUUUUUUCCAGGGAGUCUUCUCUUCUCGUGAGGUGGCCAAAGUAUUGCAGCCUCAGCUUCAGGAUCUGUCCUUCCAGUGAGCACUCAGGGCAGAAUGGAUAGGUUUGAUCUUCUUGCAGUCCAUGGGACUCUCAAGAGUCUCCUCCAGGACCAUAAUUCAAAAGCCUCAAUUCUUCGGCGAUCAGCCUGGUGCAAAACAUAGGUUGUUUCACUGCAGAGUUUGGGCUGUUUUGUGUAUGUAUGUGGGUGGGUGGUGUUGUGGUGGAACUAACCACUCACAGCCUUGACUUUAUCACGAUUGCGGGUUGGUGAGACACUUCUGCAACAAGGAGCGGAUUCUGAAGAAUGACAUUUGCAAGACUGAAACCUCUGACCUUACUCCCAUGACUAACCAAUGACACUAAAAAGAAAUUCUAAUUUAUUCUGGCAGCUGCUUGACAUUGGAAUGGACUUCCUCAGAAGGUGGUGGACUCUCCUUCACUGGAUGUUUUUAAGCAGGGGUUGAGUGGACAUAAUAAUAAUAAUAAUAAUAAUAAUAAUAAUAAUAAUAAUUUUUAUUUAUACCCAGCCCUUCCCAGUUCAGAAAACCAGGCUCAAGGUGGCUAACAACAAAUUUAAAACACUUAAUUGAUGCAACAAAAAACAGCAUAAAAUAAAGUAUAAAACGUGAAUAACAAUAAAUUCAGAAUUAAAAAAUCAAUUUAGGUGGAAAAUACAUCCAAUAAACAUUAGGUGAUCACCAGGGCUAGCUGGCUAAAUUAGUCCUAUUUGGGCCAGUGAGGAGACCAGGGGAGAAUUAGCUGUGGGAUCCCAGAGCGGGUAGUCUUCAUAAAAAGGGGAGAGGGAGGGAAGGAAGGGGAAUGAAAGAUCAGGCUAAGUUCAAAUUGAAAGACAGGCAGAAUAGCUCUGUCUUACAGGCCUUGCGGAAGGAAGUUAAAUCCUGCAGGGCCUUGGUCUCAUGGGACAGAGCAUUCCACCAGGGAGCCAUCACUGAGAAGGCCCUGGCCCUAGUGGAGGAUAAUCUGACUUCCUUAGGGCCUGGACCUCCAAACUAUGAUUAUUCAUGGACCUUAAGGUCCUCUGCAGGAGAGGCGGUCCCAUAAAUACGAGGGCCCUAAGCCACGAAGGGUUUUAAAGUCAAAACCUUGACAUCUGUCAUGGAUGCUUUAGUUGAGAUUCCUGCAUUGCGAGGGGGCUGGACUAGAUGAUCCUCAGGAUCCUUUCUAACUCUACAAUUCUGUGAUUCUAUGUAUAAUCCUUGAACUUAAUCAGCUUUUCUUUUCUUUUUACAGCAGAUGUGUAACCUUGGUCCACCUGUAGAUAAGUUUAUAUUUCUUCGAUAAAAAGAGUUCUUUUGCAGGUGAUAAAAAGCAGACUCUGCAGGUAUGUACCUUGAAACACCUUUUAGUGGCUGGCUUUAUCUCUGGGAAAGAGGAGUGCUCUUCGUUUUCCGAUUAGAUAAAAACCUGCGAUGGCACCUGAUGAUCUCAAAACUGCUCGAUAGGAAAGUGCUGAUAAAUGUUUAAAAUUCCCGAAGGCUAGUCCGUGCUGGUCACGGAGUUUGCAGUCUGGAAAAAGAAUUCCCAAAGCUUGUUCCUUUGGGCCGUUGAGAAUGGGGGGGAAGCAGUCUGGUGUGGUGAUUAGGGUGUUGGCCAUAAAGCUUUCUAGAUGACCUUGGUGUGAGAAUAAGAUACCACCAUCCACACUUACUCUUGGAAGGAAGGGCGGAACAAAAGUGUAAUAUAAUGUAAUACCAGAGGAGCCUCAUUGAUUCCCGUAGGAUUAGAGGAAUCGUUCUGUCAUUUGCCCUAAAGAGCGGUUUCUUCAUUCUAAUAGUGCUCCGCUGCAUGCAGCUGUAAGAAGAAGCCAAAGAUUUCUUUUUCCUAGAGGUGCCAUUAUUGACAGCUUGUAUUGGGUUAUUAUUAAUAAUAAUAAUAAUAAUAAUAAUACUAAGUUAUUAUUUAUACCCCGCCCAUCUGGCUGAGUUUCCCCAGCCACUCUGGGCAGCUCCCAAUCAAAUGUUAAAAACAGUACAGCAUUAAAUAUUGAAACCUUCCCUGAACAGGGCUGCCUUCAGAUGUCUUUUAAAGAUAGGAUAGCUGCUUAUUUCCUUCACAUCUGAAGGGAGGGUGUUCCACAGGGUGGGCGCCACUACCGAGAAGGCCCUCUGUCUGGUUCCCUGUAACCUCACUUCUUGCAAUGAGGGAACCGCCAGAAGGCCCUUGGUGCUGGAUCUCAGUUCCUCCUUCAGGUAUACAGGACCGAGACCGUUUAGGGCUUUAAAGGUCAGCACCAACACUUUGAAUUGUGCUCGGAAACAUACUGGGAGCCAAUGCAGAUCUCUCAGAGCCUCUGAUCAUUUCCACCACGUAGCAGAGCAUCCUACGAUUCUCAGCUCCUUUAUCACCAUCAGGAUCCUGCAUAGUUUGCUGGGUGGCAGUCCUUCUCUACGGUGGCCCCCACGUUAUGUAAUGACCUCCCGAGUUGUGCCCUUUUCCCAGAGGCCUUUGCAAGUGGAGGAUGAGAUCAGAAUAUUCCCACCUCCCCAGUGCGUUGCCGCUUCUGACUGCUGUUGAUUCAGUUUAAUUUUUGAUCCAGUAAUGAGUAUGUUACACAUAGUUUACUUCUUGUGUUGAGCUCCUGGAGCCACAUGUUUAGGGUAGGCCCAUAAAUGUGCAUAAAUGACUAGCCGCUUCACACCUACUGCAGCUUAGCAAUUUGCAAGAAACCGAAAAAUGGGUGCGGUUUUGAAAGGUUCAGUCUGCCAUCUUGAUUCAAAACAGUUGUAUCCAGACAUGGAUGCGAGCCUGCUCCUUCGUCUCAGGAACCACCAUGCAAAAUGCGCUUACGAUCUCGUUAGAAGUGUCCGGACGAGUAGAGAAUAGGCAAGGGAACACAAGGUUCAUCUAGUCCAGGCAUAGGCAAACUCCGGCCCUCCAGAUGUUGGGGACUACAAUUCCCAUCAUCCCUGACCACUGGUCCUGUUAGCUAGUGAUGAUGGGAAUUGUAGUCCCAAACAUCUGGAGGGCCAGAGUUUGCCUAUGCCUGAUCUGGUCUAACCCCCAGCAAUGCAGGAAUCUUUGGCUCAACAUAGGGCUCGAAUCCACAACCCUGAGAUUAAGAAAUAGCCGGCAGGCUCAAGUGAUGGGUCGCAUCAUUAUAUUGUAGGUUUUGCUACAUGGAAGUGGUUCCUUGAGGAGGAGAAGUCUAUCAAUGGCUGCUAGCCAUGAUGGUUGUGCUUGGUCUCCACAUCUGGAGGAAGCAAUACUUCUGCAUAGCAGCCGCCGCAAACCACAGGAGGGGAGAGGGCUCUUGGGCUUACGUUCUGCUUGCUGGUUUCCCAGAAGCAUUGGGCUGGCCGCUGUGAGAACAGGAUGCCGGACUAGAUGGGCCAUUGGCCUGAUCCAGCACUCUCUGCUUACCGUAUUUUUCGCUCCAUAGGGCGCACCGGACUAUAGGGCGCACCUAGUUUUUAGGGGGGGAAAUAAAGAAAAAAAAAUUAUUUGCCCUCCCAGCCCCAAAGAGCAAAGAAGGCAAGACAGCCAGCAGGAUCCAUCCCGCUGGCUGUCUUGGCUUCCUCUUUAGCCGUGCGCAACCUCUCCAGCCGGGAGAGGCUGCACGCGGCUUCGUUUUUAGCCGCGGGGCUGGGGCGGGGGAAGCCCGAGCUUCCCCCGACCCCAGCCCCCAGAACAUGUCCAGGAGCGGCGGCAAGGUUACACGCAGCCUUGCCGCCGCUCCCGGAGCUUGCGGGGCUGGGGGCGCACUCCAAAGGCUUGCGGAUACCUGCCUGAAGCCCGGGGAGCGCAGCGGGAGUUGGCGCUGCACUCCCCGGACUGCAGGCUGCUAUCCGCAAGCCUUCGGAGCGUGGGGGGAACUCCUGCUGUGCUCCGAAGGCUUGUGGAUAGCUGCCUGAAGCCUGGAGAGUGAGAGGGGUCAGUGCGCACCGACCCCUCUCGCUCUCCAGCCUUCAGCAAAAGCAACGCGAAGCCUCCGGAGCGCGGAGGGAGCGCUCCCACUGCACUUCGGAGGCUACGCGUUGCUAUCGCUGAAGCCAAGGACCCUGCAUUCGCUCCAUAGGACGCACACACAUUUCCCCUUCAUUUUUGGAGGGGGGAAACUGCAUCCUAUAGAGUGAAAAAUACGGUACAUUCUAAAGUGUGAAACAUCCACAUUGAGCAUGAUGCACCCAUCUGAAACAGCCCCGCAGUUGCACAGAUAAAAGGCAUCUCUCUCCCCCAAUUUCCUGUGCUUUGGGGACAGUUCCUAAUAUGGGCACUUUGCAUUCCCUGAAGCAAGAUACGGACAGCCUUCUGUCCAACACCUGCUGUGUUCAGAUUGGACACUUGGGCCCUAUUGCUGGUCCUGUCGCAUCGCGUGGCUCUCUCUUCCCCAUCUGUGCAUCUGACGCUCCACCUACGGAAACAGAACAAUAUUCGGCUUGGAACGCUUUGCAAAAUUCUUCCAAUGAAGGGAGGGGGGCACGCGCCUAAUUGCUUUUUAAUUGUGUCGUGCUGCUGCGGUUGGCACCGCACCUCUGUUCCAUGCAGCAGGUAAAAAUAUAAAAACUCAAAAGACUUGAGAUAAGAUAGCGUGUACUUUUAAAUCCAAGCUGGACGUGCCGUUUCUCUCUGGUGCGAGUACGCUUGUGGAAUUUAAAAGUUGAAAAAGGUGGUUUCUGUGUGGGCAGCGAAUGGGAGAAAAGGCUUGUUCUAUCAAUUAUGUAUAUAUAUAUUUAAUGUUGCCUCUUACUUCCCUGUCCAAAGGGGCUCGUUGAACAUGCUGGGUAAUGCUCUCUUAGCAUUACUAGGCUUGGCACAAAUGGAACAGAUAACAGAGUGCCUUUUUAAUUGUCCAUUGUUAUCUAACUCUUUGGUUGUUUAAUCUUCCUUCCCUCUCCUGGCAGUGUGAAGGAUGGCAGCCCGGCGCGCGCUAAAGGCAGUCCUGGUGGAUCUCAGUGGAACGCUUCAUAUUGAAGACUCGGCUGUUCCAGGAGCCCAGGAAGCUCUUAAAAGGCAAGUUAUCCCUUCCAGACACCCCAAAAAGAACAGAAAACAAACGUGUAAAAAGGCCGUUUUCACAAAGGCUGCUUAUUGGGCAAGGAAAAGGCCUUGCGGGCAAGGGUGUUGACGUGCCUCAUACAUGCACAGGGUCAGGUCCCAGAUGACAGAAUUUGGCUCUUGGCGUUUAACACAGCAGACCCUUAAGAAUCCAUUUGUGGUGGAGAAAGGCUACCGGCGGCUUUAAGACAGGCAUCCCCAAACUUGGCCCUCCAGAUGUUUUGGGACUACAACUCCCAUCAUCCCUAGCUAACAGGACCAGCGGUCAGGGAUGAUGGGAAUCGUAGUCCCAAAGCAUCUGGAGGGCCAAGUUUGGGGGUGCCUGCUUUAAGACCAUAAGAAUCAGGCCAGUGGACCAUCUGUUAGAAUUCCUGCUGUGUGAUUGCAGUCAUGGGAUUGUUGUCUAUACAUGAUGGUGUAUGUUUUGACUCCACAGAGUGGGAAGUGACAGAGACAGGAUGUUUGUUUUACUGUGUUCCGUGAAGUGGGACUAUUGCUCUUUGCUGUCUGAUGCUAGAGAGAGAGAGAGAGCGCCACGUUACAGUGCUCCGUGUAUGUUUAUAUGUAAAUAAAAGUAGAUUAGCCAAAAUGCUGAGUUGCUGAGGUCUGUUACUCAAGCUGCAAAGACUCUGCAGAACCCUAAGUGUGUCGGUGUCUGUUGGCAUCGGUUUCUGUGAUGUAGAAGACAGGAGUGCCUGACGUGCUCUGGUCCAUGGGGGUCACGAAGAGUCGGACAUAACUAAACAACUAAACAACAAUCCCGCUUUAUCCCUACCCUUGUUGUUGUUUAGUUGCGUCCGACUCUUCGUGACCCCAUGGACCAGAGCACACCAGGCACUCCUGUCUUCCACUGCCUCCUGCAGUUUGGUCCAACUCAUGCUGGUAGCUUCGAGAACACUGUCCAACCACCUCGUCCUCUGUCAUCCCCUUCUCCUUGUGCCCUCCAUCUUUCCCAGCAUCAGGGUCUUUUCCAAGGAGUCUUCUCUUCUCAUGAGGUGGCCAAAGUAUUGGAGCCUCAGCAUUAGGAUCCAGUGAGCACUCAGGGCUGAUUUCACUACCCUGAGGAGUCUCAAAGCAGCUAACAUUCUCCUUUCCCUUCCUCCCCCACAACAAACACUCUUGUGAGGUGAGUGAGGCUGAGAGACUUCAGAGAAGUGUGACUGGCCCAAGGUCACCCAGCAGCUGCAUGUGGAGGAGCGGGGAAUAAUAAUAAUAAUUAAUAAUUUGCCAGGAAACGAACCCGGUUCACCAGAUUACGAGUCCACCACUCUUAACCACUACACCACACAGUAAUUCCUACAGCUCCAAAUACCCCCCGUCCAUAGUCUUAUGUCUAGGCAGUUAUCCCCAGGUCUGCACCCUAUAGAGCAGUUGCAGCAGCAGGGGACCACUCCUCCUCCACCAGUUCAUGUGCCUUCCCCCAAAGGGCUGCAUGCAUGCCUGCUGGAGACUAUGCCUCUGCAUGCAAGCUGCCUCUGCUCUUCCCUUUUCAGUCCCUUCCUGGUUCUGGGAGACAGGUGCAGGAGAGGGUAGGGAAGCACCCAGCCUGACCUGCCUCUUCUUCCUUUUCUUCCUAUCCGUCCUGCACCCCAUCUUCCAGCCUCCGACUCUUGCUUCCUGGCUGGCAAAGUUCCCCAUAAACCACUGCCCCCCUAUCCUAAACCAGAAUCCAGCCCUUACUUUUCCUGGUGCACACUCUGCAGUGUCUUGCCAGUCCCUGGCAUGCACCUGGCAACAUUAGAAUGUCAUAUGUGUGAAACCAAACUUUCCCUCCUGCCCCACGCCCAUUACACUUGGACAUUGGAUUCAAGCUUGAGUGAUCAAAAAGCAUAGGGAUUGGCCUCAGGUGGGAUUUCUCUUUCUGUUAAACUCCAAAGAUCCAGGAGUAAUCUUCUUAGCACUUCCGCUUGGCAGCCCUGCUUGUGAUAAUGCGCUCAUGUUAUCUUCUGAUGAAGCUGUUCCAUGAAUGCGAGAACAAAAACAUGUUUUUGCUGUGGUUUCCGAAAAUGGCAGCGUCCUAAACUGCUUACCCUGUUUUUCACGGGUCAAGGCUGCGCAGUGCUCCUGUUUCCAUCCGGUUUGUGACCAAUACGACAAAGGAGUGCAAGCGAGAUUUGCUGGAGAGGCUGAGGAAACUCGAGUUCGACAUCAAGGAAGACGAGAUCUUCACGUCUCUGACGGCAGCCAGAAAUCUCUUGGAGCAGAAGCAAGUCAGGCCCCUGCUGCUCGUCGAAGACAACGCACUGCACGAUUUCAAAGGUAUAGUGUCCUGGCGCCAAUUUGCUGGGAACUGUAGUUUGCUAAGGGAUCUGGGUAUCGUAGCUCUGUGAGGUCAGCACCCUUAACACUUUGUCAAACUUAAAGUGGCAUUAUAAUGCAUCCACUGUGUGGUGUGAUUGUGAUCCUUUUGGAUAAAGGUAAAGUUUAUACAUUUGUUGCUCCACCCAUUUUUGUCUCUGGCCCUGCCCACACCUGGCAUGUGGCCCCUGAAAUGUUUCCCAGAAUGAAAUGCGGCCCUUGAACUGAAUAGCGUCCCUCAUCCCUGAUACAUGAACAGUAGGAUCUAUUGACUGAGGCCAGUGAACCUAGCUCUUUAUUCAAGGAAACAAACCAGGGCUCAAGCCUAGUGGUCUCCUCAGCAACCCUUUCUAGGAGGCCUCAUCCUGAUGAAACUAAUGCGAGGUCUGAAGGUCCCUGCCUUCCCCUUAGGACUCCUCCUCUCCAGGGUCUUUCUCACAUAGUCUCAGGCUGUGUCUGCGCACGACCACCUCGGCUCUGCCCGUUUUAUUUCUCUGCGGGUUCUAGGAGACCGGGGGAAGGGAACUGGUUGCAGCAGGAGGGGGAGACUCCCUGGUGUCUUCAGCAGUCUGCCUGAUAUCUGCCUCUUGGCCCCCUCCUCUCCUGCCUUCACUCCUGCCUCGCAUUCUGAACUGCUCUCUGCCACAGCUGCUUCCUGCUCACUAAACCCUGUCACUCAUGGGUAGGCAAACUAAGGCCCAGGGGCCCAAUCCGGCUCAAUCGCCUUCUAAAUCUGGCCUGCGGACGGUCCGGGAAUCAGUGUGUUUUUACUUUAGUAGAAUGUGCCCUUUUAUUUAAAAUGCAUCUCUGGGUUAUUUGUGGGGCCUGCCUGGUGUUUUGACAUGAGUAGAAUGUGUGUUUUUAUUUAAAAUGCAUCUCUGGGUUAUUUGUGGGGCAUAGGAAUUCGUUCAUUUCCCCCCCAAAAAAUCUACUCCAGCCCCCACAAGGUCUGAGGGACAGUGGACCGGCCCCCUGCUGAAAAAGUUUGCUGACACCUGCUGUCACGUCUUCAGCUUCUGCCACCUCCUCUUCUCCCUCUGACCACCCAUCGCCGUUCCACCGCCACACCCCAGGCUCUGAGCCUUCUUUCCCUGGGGGUUCCCCGGCUGGUGCCCCCUCUGCAUCCAGCCAGUCCAUGACAUUCCCCGAGUGGUUGUGUGUCGAUUGCCAGGAACCGCGCGGACUUGCCCAGAGAAGCCCUUGUUUCACUGGGAGAGUCUUCUGUGUGUCCUGCGAGAGAUGCACAGUCGCUUUAGGAAUUGCAGCAGACCAUUACAAGACUCGAGCAGAAUUAGCUUUCUAUACUGCAGACUUUAAUUAAAGUAGAGCACAGAAAACACGUAUACUAUAUUCUGAUCGCUUAAUGGACCGUUUGCAUCGUUCAGUGAAAUCCGUACGACCCAUAAACCCUCUAUGUCCAUGACGAGAUGGCUUAUAUUGUUUGUUUGCUUUAUUUAAAGCUUAAUUGAGGGUUUCUUCUUCUUUUUCUCCUCCUGCUUUUGCUGCCUGUCUAAAGCUUAAUUUGGACUUCAUAGUUUGGCAAUGCAAUAGCUCGACUCCAUCUGAAGUUCCAGAUCUGUGGGGUUUCCUAUGCAUCUGCUUUCAGCUGUGGCGCCUGUCUUGGCAGAUAGGCUCAUAGCUCCUCCCCCUGUGACCCCAUUCAAUCCUUUGGGGGCCAAUUAAAGGGUCAUCUCCUACUGCAAGCUUAAUUUGCUGCACAGGGGGAUGGAGGGUGCGGCUAAGGAGGGAAGUGUUAAUCCUGCCCAGCUGCAAUAUUCACAAAGAUCACAUCCACCCCCGGCAAUUAGGCUUACAAAAUGCUUACAUGCUUCCCCUCCCAGACUCAUUCCUGGGCAGAACAUGAGUGUGUGUCAGAGCACAGCUUGGCUACACUUCCUCUUGCAUUGGCUCUGCCUACCACCAGCAAACGGCCCCCAGAAAGCUGGCCAAGGUGGAAUGUGGCCCUUGCCCAACCCCCCAAAAGUCCCUCCCUUACAGGUCUUCUGCCUUGCUCUUCCCUCCAUAUCUAGUGGUUGGUUUUUUAAAAAAAACUCUGGUUUUCAGUAGUUUAAGUACGCUGAAAGAUGUUUAAGCUCCUGAUAGUAACUACUAUGGAAUUAUUCUUGGAUAAUCUUCAUAUAAGAUUGCUCGCAGAUGGAUGAGUGUAAUCCAUUCUUUGGUUAAUGGACCCAGAUGCUCCCAGAGAAAGUUGCAAGCGAAAUCCACACCAGCUUGCUUUUCAGUUUCUGCGUUUUUGUUUUGUAAUAAUGUUGGGGAGGGCAUUGUGGGGCCAUUUGAACAGCAACCGAUGUCCUCCUUCUGUUAGCUUCUGCAAUAGAACUUUUCUUCUUCUCCCCUUUUAUGUGUCCUGCACCCUCCCCACAUCUGCUCCAGAGGAUUGGGGCAGCCCCCCCCCCAAAAGAACAGAUUUAAGAGGUGUGCAGCUGGAGGUGGGGGGCAUUUCAUUUCACAAACAGAAACCCUUGUGCUGAUGGAACAAGUUAGUUGAUACCACUCAUGUUCCCCAUGCCCAGUUUGAACAGCUGCCAUCUCUAACGCUUGUCCAUUGAAGGCAUUGUCCCUCUGCUAUUCAGCUAAAGAGGCUUGCAGGUCCAUGACAGCCCCUGCCCUCAGGUCUGCAAACUACACCACAUGACACAAAAGCAAGGAGGGAGGAGGAAGCUCAGGCAACCCGUUCUUAAAGCUGCAAAGUUCUUAUAAUGCCCAACUUCAGUGGGAAAAGUUCAGAGACAGCAGUGGCAAAGAGGCAAAAAGUUCUAGCAGAAAAGUUCAGCAGAAUCAGCACAGUGGGCUUGGGUCCCUUUCUCUUCUGCCACCUGAAGAUUUCACGCCAAGGCAAUUGUAUCAAUAACGAUACGAUAUCUUUAUUGUCAUUGUCCCAUACAGAACAAUGAAACUGAAAAAUCUACAUAAGACAUUCAAAACCCCCUAAAAACUCUGAAACCCCAUUUUAAAAUACAACAUACUCCUAUAGAGACACCUUAUACUGCGUUUAAAACCAGAAUUGCAUUUGGGUAGAAACUGUUUCUCAGGUGGCUAGUCCUAGUCUUUAUAACCUGUGGGUUGAACCACAGAGCCUAGGACUUGCCGAUCAGAAGGUUGGCGGUUCGAAUCCUCGCGACGGGGUGAUCUCCCGUUGCUCGGUCCCUGCUCCUGCCAACCUAGCAGUUCGAAAGCACGUCAAAGUGCAAGUAGAUAAAUAGGUACCGCUCUGGCGGGAAGGUAAACGGCGUUUCCGUGCGCUGCUCUGGUUCGCCAGAAGCGGCUUAGUCAUGCUGGCCACAUGACCCGGAAGCUGUCUGUGGACAAACGCCGGCUCCCUCGGCCAGUAAAGCGAGAUGAGCGCCGCAACCCCAGAGUCGGCCACAACUGGACCUAAUGGUCAGGGGUCCCUUUACCUUUAUCUUCUUCCAGAAGGCAGAAGCUGAAAGAGAUCAUUUCCGGGGUGCGGACUAAGUCAAUGUAAGGCGAGCCAUUUGGCUGUCCUCUUUUUUUUCCAGGGAUCGAUACAAGCGAGCCCAAUGCUGUGGUGAUAGGGCUUGCUCCUGACCACUUCAAUUACCAAACGAUGAACAAAGCAUUUCAGUAAGUCGGAACGACGUGACAAAAAGUUUCUUUAUAAGAAACGACUUCCUUUAGCCCCCACCAGGCAAUUAACAUUUGGCACAAGCUCAGUUUCUACCUGUCACAUAGCACACCUCCAGAUAACUUUAUGACGAUACUGUCCCAAGGGUUCUUUUUAUUACCGGGAGGAUGACAACAGGGCUUGGUGGUACCAAGUGGAAUUCCUGCAUCUCCAUGCGCUUUCAGAGCACAAUGAGUCACACUGUUGUCCUUCCAAGUAGGGAAGGACUUUGCUAUCUGUUAUGGCAUUGAUGGGGAAACCUGAGGCUUAGAACCUCUCCACCAGACCCGUAGGGCUUUCCCCAGUCAACACACCCUCUCAGGGCAUUUUUGCUAAUAAAUAAUAUAAAGAGAAGAGGCCCAGCCAGAGAGGACUUUGCCAAGUGCUCUCUCAAACCAGGUGGUAAGAACUUUCCCUGCCCUUCUCAAAUGACAGGGCAUCCCGGAUUGUCCAUUAGUUAAUGAAUUCUGGAAACAGAUUGGUAUAGAAAUAUCGGGAAUUGUGGGUAGGAAGGUGGAAAUAUCUAAAUUAAUGGUUCUUAUUAGCCUGAGUAGCACUGAGUUAGAAACAAAAGAGGAAUGUAAAUGGGUAAAAUUGAUGGUAAUUGCAGCCAGACGGGUUAUAGCGAGUAAUUGGGAAAACGCAGAAGAGCUAGGGGUGAACCAAUGGAGGGAAAAAUAGAAAAAUAUUAUAAUCUUAGAAUAUCUAACCGUGAAGAAACAUAAAAUGAAAGGGUUUAAGGUCAGUGGGGAGGAGGAGGAUUGGUUUGAGAAGAUAUUGAAUUAUUUGGGCAGGUUUGAACAAUUUGGGGCAAUUAAAAUGUUAAAAGUUACCGUAUUUUUUGCACCAUAACACUCACUUUUUUCUUCCUAGAAAGUAAGGGGAAAUGUCUGUGCGUGUUAUGGAGCGAAUGCCUGCAGGUGGCGGGGGGGAUCUGCUGCAGUCGUGAGCAGAGGAUCCAUGGUUCCCCUUCCUUCCCUCCUCCGUGGUUACAAAGCAUGGAUCCACAUGGAUCCUCAGGAUUUUUGCAUUGGGCUACUCCAAACUCACUGUCAGAUCACAUGUCUGUGGCCACAGCAUGAACCACAAAAAUCAUAUAUCCACUAUUUCGUUUAGAAUAUUUUUUUUCUUGUUUUCCUCCUCUAAAAACUACGUGCGUAUUAUGGUCUGGUGCGUGUUAUAGAGCAAAAAAUACGGUAAAUAAACCUUGUGGAGGGAGGAGUGUUAAGGUAUAUAGAAUUGUACACAUGGUUGAUUUGAAUAUGUUAUUAUUGAUUAUGUAUACCUGUCAGGGCUGCCUCAGGUCUCAGCUCACAAAAGACCAACGCCAAGUUCUUCUUAUAUACAAAGGUGUUUAUUGCAGUUCAUUGUUUGCUUCACAUCCGAGGCGCGCAGCCCCACGUCUGUUACGCUUAGACCGUUGAAGUCCCCUCUGAGUCAGUCCCUCCCCUGCACCAGUUUAAGAGGCUUGCGCUGCUCCACCUCUUCCUCUCUUUCCUUUUCCGCAGGGUCUUCCUGCCCGCUGGGGUUUCGCCCCUCCUGGAUUCCCCUGACGCGGAAUCCCCAGAUUGCUCUUCCCCCCCUCCUGCGGGCUUUGGGACCUGGCCCCUCCUCCGGGCUCCCUGUACUUCCGCGCGCCUCCACAUUUGAACUUGGCGCGCGCGCCCAACCUCUAACCUUCCUCUUGACAGCUACACUACUCCCUUCACUACUCCCCUCCCCUUCCGGGAGGGUGGCUUCCUCCGACCUCCCUCCCUUCUCUGCUGCUGGAGCUGCUUCCCCUGAUACACUGGAACCUCCACCCCCUUUCGCUGCACUCUGGCGGGGAGGCUGGUCCUGACGCCCAGCUGCCACUUUGGGAUCCCCCGCUGGCCCCCUGCUCCUGACACGUUCUCCCUGGGGCUCCCCUGGCCUUGACCACCGGCGCCCCCUUCUGGGAAUCCUCUGAUUCGCUGGAAAGACUCGUGGAAUCUCUUGAGUCAUUGUCAUCCUCUUCCUCGCUGUCUUGGGAUUCAUCCCCAUCACUCUCCAUCUCCUGCCUACCCUGUGCCUCUGUCCCUGAACCCCUGACAAUACCCAAUGUAUCAGCCGCCUGCGGGGUUUCACGGUUUGUUUUCAGUGUUUGUGCUUUGGUGGUUGGUAAAAAAAUUAAAAUUAACUAGAAAAAAUGACAGGGCAUCCCGUUGGCCACUGUUAGAACAGGAUGCUGGACUAGGUGGGCAUUGACCUGAUCCGGGAGGCUCCACUUACGUUCUUAUUUUCCUCCCACCCCUUCCUUUCUCAAGACUGAUCCUCGAUGGCGCUCCCCUCAUAGCUAUACACAAAGCCAGGUAUUACAAGAGGAAAGACGGGCUCGCUCUCGGCCCUGGACCUUUCGUCACGGGGCUGGAAUACGCAGCCGACGUGGAGGCCACCGUGGUGGGGAAGCCCGAGCGGAUGUUCUUCCUGGAAGCCUUGCGUGGUACCGGCUGCACGCCAGAGGAAGCCGUCAUGAUUGGCGAUGUGAGUGCCUGAGCAUGUUAACCCGCCUUAAAGAUGGAGCCUCCGGGAACCAAGCAGGCCUAACGUUUUUGUUCCCUUCUACCUUGGCAGGACUGCAGGGAUGACGUGGGAGGCGCUCAGAACGCUGGGAUGCUGGGGAUACUGGUGAAGACGGGUAAGCACCAUCUCACCGUGCCUCUUGCUUGUCUGGGUGGAGGCUAGCGGGAUGCAUGUGUGUGCAGGAUCUAGCCUACUGCAGAAAGGUAAAAGUUUUAAAUGGGGAGAGGUAGACACUCAUCUUUGGUAGGUGCUAAGCAUGUCAUAGGGAUGCGGGUGGCGCUGUGGGUUGAACCACAGAGCCUUGGGCUUGCCGAUCAGAAGGUCGGUGGUUCAAAUCCCUGCGACGGGGUGAGCUCCCGUUGCUUGGUCCCAGCUCCUGCCAACCUAGCAGUUCAAAAGCAUGUCAGAGUGCAAGUAGAUAAAUAGGUACCGCUCCGGAGGGAAGGUAAACAGUGUUUCCGUGCGCUGCUGUGGUUCGCCAGAAGCAGCUUAGUCAUGCUGGCCACAUGACCCAGUAGCUGUACGCCGGCUGCCUCAGCCAAUGAAGUGAGAUGAGCGCCGCAACCCCAGAGUCGGCCACGACUGGACCUAAUGGUCACGGGUCCCUUUACCUUUACCUUUAUGCAUGUCAUAGGUUAUCUUGUUAUUAUCCGUGUCAUGGGCUAUUUAUUUAUUUCACAAGAUUUAUAUACCACCGGACACCUCAAAUUGUUUGAUUCCCCCCCCCCAAAAAAAAGUUAAAAGAACCAUUUAAAAUGUUCAAACAAAGACCGUAUUUUUCGCUCUAUAAGAUGCACUUUUCCCCUCCUAAAAAGUAAGGGGAAAUGUGUGUGCGUCUUAUGGAGUGAAUGCAGGCUGCGCAGCUAUCCCUGAAGCCAGAAGAGCAAGAGGGAUCAGUGCACACCGAUCCCUCUUGCUCUUCUCGCUUCAGGGAUAGCCAUGCAAAGCCUCUUGAGCAUAGUGGGAGCGCUCCUCCCUCUUCGCUCAGGAGGCUUUGCCUUGCUUUCUUGUUUCUUGUUUACCUCCUCUAAAAACUUAUGGAGCGAAAAAUAUGGUAACUAAAAUCUACAAUUAAGCUAAAAAUCAGAUUAAGACAUAUGGCAACAUUCUACAUAUCUGGGCAGGCUUGUCUAAACUGUUUUUAGAAGGUGCUGAAAAAAAGGGAGUUCCGAAGUGUGUGCUGCCACAAGAAAAGACAGAUUCCUUACAAAUGCAGAGCAAGUAUCGCGGCACCUGUAACAUCACCAGUUUUGCAGAGCAAAGAGGUUGAGUGGGCAUAGUUGGGAACGGUUAUAACGCAUAGAUGUCGGGAAUGUGUUAUGCCAACGCGAACCAGGUGUUGAGACAGAGCGUUUUCUCUCUGCUUUUGUUACAGGGAAAUACCGAGAGGGGGAUGAAGGCAAAAUUACUCCUCCUCCGUACUUAACUUGCGAGAGCUUUCCCCAGGCUGUAGACCACAUCCUCCAACAUCUCCUAUGA